CCUUCCAAUCAGUCCAAACCCUGAUUUCUGCACACAUCCUGAGGACGAGUGGCUAGCAGCGCCCAUGUGGAUCUGGUUGGUUGUGUGACAGCUUGGCUCAAACACUGAUGGAUUCUGGACAUCCACUCGCCCUGUCAGUUGCCCUGAGGGUGCUCAUGGUUUCCGCCACAGCAUCUGCACUGAACCUUGAAGGGCAGCUUUUCAAGGAUUUGAUGAAGGGGUACGACAAGAAUGUUCGGCCAAUGGAGAAGAGCGGUGAUAUAACUAAAGUCUACAUCAAGUUGACGCUCACCAACCUCAUCUCCCUAAAUGAAAAGAAGCAGGCCUUAAUGACCAGCGUCUACCUACAGCUGAGAUGGUGUGACUACAGGCUGAGAUGGGACCGGCCGCCCAGGUCGACUAUCUACGGAAAUAUCACCUCUCAGCUACGCAUCCCCUCAAAGAGCGUUUGGCUGCCUGACAUCGGACUGGAAAAUAAUGUGGAUGGAAACUAUCAGGUGGCGUAUUACUGCAACACACUGGUGUCCCCUGACGGCUGUGUGUUCUGGCUGCCUCCAGCAAUAUACCACAGUGCAUGUGCCAUCACUGUCAACUAUUUCCCCUUUGACUGGCAGAACUGCACCAUGGUAUUCCGCUCCCAGUCUUAUAGUGCCAAUGAGAUUGAGCUGCUGCUCCAAGUGGACAAAAACGUGACAUUGGAGUGGGUGGACAUUGAUCCUGGGGCUUUCACAGAGAAUGGUGAGUGGGUCAUCAAGCACAGGCCUGCUAAGAAGGUGGUCAACACACAGUACACCAGAGAUGAGCUGGAUUACCAGGAGGUGGUCUAUUUCCUCAUCAUCCAGAGGAAGCCGCUCUUCUAUGUCAUCAACAUCAUCGUACCAUGUGUGCUCUUCUCCUCCCUUGGCCUUCUGGUCUACUUCUUGCCUGCCAAAGCUGGUGGUCAGAAGUGCACAAUGUCCAUAGCAACUCUUCUGGGCCAGACGGUGUUCCUCUUUCUUAUUGCUAAGAAGGUUCCGGAAACAUCAAAGGCAGUGCCUCUUAUUGGAAAGUAUCUGAUGUUUGUGAUGUCCGUCACCACCAUGGUAGUGAUGAACUGUGUGAUUGUCCUCAACAUCUCCCUGAGAACUCCGAGCACUCACAUCAUGACAGACGGUGUCCGAAAGGUCUUUCUGAACCUCCUGCCUCGGCUGCUCAGGAUGCAAAUGCAACCGUGGACGCAGAACAAUCCUAACGCCUCAGAAGCUGACGGCGGUGGAAUUCAGUUUAAUGACAGGAACACUGCCUUCCUGGUGCGCUGCAGACGCCGCAGCUCUGUGAGCCUCAUUAGCAAAGCAGAGGAAUACGCCACGAAAACAGCUCGGUCUGAACUCAUGUUUAACCAGCUGAGGGAGCGAAAUGGAUUGAUAAAGUCAGUUUUAGAUAAGCUGCAUGGCGGGUUGGAGGGGAGCACGGCCGAGCAGAUUGGUGCGAGUCUGGCAAAAGCCUCUCCAGCACUGAAACAAUGCAUCACCUCCUGCAAGCACAUAGCUGAGAGUGCACGCCAGAAGAACAGCUUCCAGACUGAGAAUGAGGAGUGGUUUCUGGCCGCCCGGGUGAUUGACAGAGUCUGCUUUAUCAUCAUGGCGCUGGUAUUUUUUAUUGGCACUAUUGGGAUCUUCUUGAUUGGCCAUUUCAACCAGCCUCCACCCACACCGUUCCACGGGGAUCCUAAGAAGUACCUUCCUCCCGAAGUAAUCUAAUUCCAAAUGGGAGAUAGGAGCUCAACGAUGUCCACCGACUAGAACAAUACACAUUCUGCAUUUGUGUUGGCUCCAAAUGUGGGUCCAUGCAGCAAAAGAACAGUUGAAUUUACACAUUCACUGUGAUCUUGUGUGGAAAGCAUGCUGGAGUUGUACAGUGGUGUUAAAUAAAAAAAACUGUUUUUCCAGUCAGUCCCUUGUGACCAAGAUAACUUCAGUUAUACUGGCCUGAUUGUCAUCAAAUGUGGUAUAUGCAUUACACAUAGUGACUGC